AUGCCGCGAUCGCAUUCCUCGCCAAGCGUGGUGUCAGUACUGCUGCUGCUACUUGCCUCCUCAGCACACCGCGCACUUGCCGUUCCCUAUCCUAAGGGUCAACCCGCUCGCAGACAGGACGGCGGCUACCAAUUACACACGACGACAUGGACGCUCACCGAGACCUUCACCAGCACUUAUAGCUCCUUCAUUCCCGCCCCGACAGGGCCCGUGGCUGGCGGUGGAGGUCCAGACUGCGUGCCUGUCGCAGGUUCGGGACAGAUUGCCUGCGGCCCCGUCUGCUGCACGAACCAGCAGUACUGCGGAUGGAGAGGUCAGUGUCUAGAUAACAUUCUCGGCCCCGGUGGAGGAGGAGUUGUCCCCACUGUGAUUACCACGGGCGGGCAGGUUAUCACCACGCAGUACAGCGCCCCGUUCCGUGUCACCAGCGGCGUCCUCACGGGCACGGCCGCUAGCGCUACCACGACCAACACCGCCGCCGUGACGCCAGGCGGCACUGCCAGUUCUCUGAGUCCCGGCGCCAUUGCCGGCAUCGUCAUCGGUACACUUGCAGGUAUCGCCCUGCUCCUGCUGAUAUGCGCGUGCUGUGUGGUUCGCGGCUUGUGGCACGGCAUAAUGGCCUUGCUAGGACUCGGUCCUAAGAAAAAGAAGACGGAGACCGUAAUCGAGGAAGAGCGCUACACCCGCCGUGGAUCAACUCACUCGCAUCGAGACACGCACGGCGGAUGGUUUGGCGGCGGCGGCCGACCAAGCACUGUGGCCUCGCGAAAGGAGAAGAAGAAGAGCAGCGGCUUGGGCCUGCUAGGCAUUGGAGCUGCCAUAGGCACCAUAUUGCUCCUCCUGGGCCUGCGGAAGGACAAGAAGAAGAAGCCGGCCCGAAAGACGAGAAGCGACGUCAGCAGCAGCUACUGGUCCGAUUCCUACACCGCAGACAGUCCGAGCUCUCUGAGUAGCGACAGGAGAACCAGCGACAGGAGGACCCGACGCUCGCGGCAUAGCGGCACAAGUCGGGUGACGAGAACAGAAACCCGGGUAUCGCGUGCCCCGUCAGCAGCACCGAGAUCGCCCAGAUCGCCCAGGUGA